GCUACUCAGUCGCAGUCGAGAUCUUCAACUCUCAACAAUCUCAAUCUAAUCAUAGAUCAUUUUGAAUAGAAAUUUUGUCUACCAAACAAUCGAACUUUUAAAGUAUUACAAUUUGAAAAUCAAAUUUUCUCAAAAAAUAGAUUCUUUUUAAUUCAUAAAAUUUUUAAAAGCUAUAAAAAUGUGGGGUUUCUUAUUCAUCGUAGCCACUUUGGCAAUAUCUCUGUCUACAGCUGCAUCUGAUGUCCCUGAAUACAUAAUCCAAUGUCAUCGAUCGGACCCAAAACUGCUCGAUUGUCUAAAAGGUAGUUUGCAUCACUUGAGACCAUAUUUAGCACAAGGAAUACCAGAAAUUGAGAUGCCAUCGGUUGAGCCAUUCAUAAUGGAUUCACUUUCGCUACAGCUUACGGGGGGACCACAAGGCUACCGCGUGAAUCUAAAAAAUAUGGAAAUUUUCGGAGCAAGCAACUUUACUGUCAAAAGCAUUAAAUUGAGUGAGAAUAAUCGGCCAUUUGAAGCUCGUGUUGCAAUUCCCCGUUUGACAAUCCGUGCCAAAUACGCCAGUUCAGGUGUAUUGCUGAUCAUUCCAGCCAGUGGUUCCGGUGAUUUUGAUGCCGUACUAGAUGGCGUUAUUGCCGAUUUAAAAGGACAAGUUUCAACUGACGAUAAAAAUGGCAAAACAUACUUGCAUGUCGAUAGCUUAGCCAUGGAAUUGAAUGUGAAGAAAGUGCGCAUGCACAUCGCCAAGGUGUUCAAAAACAACCGCAUUUUAACCGAAGCUACAAAUUUGUUCUUGCGCGAAAAUGGUAUUGAAGUGCUCAAAGCUAUGCAACCGCAACUGCAGAAGAAAUUAUCGGUGGAAUUUUCGGGCAUUGCGAAUCAACUCUUGAAGCACGUUCCCCGUGAAGCAUUCUUGAUAGAUUAAGUGAGCAAGAUCGUGAUCCAAAUAACAACAUUUUAUCGCAUAAAAUUGUAAUCAUCACCAAUUGUGUACAUGACGUAUGAAGUGCUGUAUGUUUUAUGACGUCAAUGUUACGGCGAAGCAUCUCUAAAAGUAUUUAUGGGGCAACAACAUCAACAAACCUAAUAAUUUUAUGCGAAUUGACUAAAAUAUUGUUAGCGUUAAAUAUGUAUUUUAAUUUAAGUUCUCGAUCACAAAACACAACUGCGUAUUAGGCGGCAUUCGUUGAAAAAUCAUUUAGCGUUUAUAUUUAUCCAUCACCAUCAAUCAUAUUAUUUUCUACAUUUGUAUUCUUUGAAAAUUUGUUACGCAUUGUUCUUUUCAAAAGCAAUUCAAACCCCAUUCGGCUUGGAUAAUAAACUUUAAGCAAAUAAAAUUCAAGCAAAAUUAA